GUAAUGGAGCUCUCCAGUAAAAGAGAAUUCAAACUGAGAUGUUUUCUCUUUUAAUGUUUUUCAUUUCUGUUAUAAUUGUUCUUUUACAUGUUCUCUAUGAGUUCUUAAAUUCACAUGUUCCCUCACUAUAGAGAGAGAAUCAGUGCUGACUGGAGUAGUACUUAUCUUGCCAUUGUGUAAGAAAUGAGAGGGACAGAGUGAAGCAUUGCCAGAAAGGGAGAACAUUACACUUGAACAGGACUCCUGUGCCAUCAGCAUGGAAGACACUUACAUCGACUCCCUGGACCCUGAAAAGUUAUUACAGUGCCCCUAUGAUAAAAAUCACCAGAUCAGGGCCUGUAGGUUUCCUUAUCAUCUUAUCAAGUGCAGAAAGAAUCAUCCUGAUGUUGCAAACAAAUUGGCUACUUGUCCCUUCAAUGCUCGGCACCAGGUUCCCCGGGCUGAAAUCAGUCAUCACAUCUCAAGCUGUGAUGACAAGAGCUGUAUUGAGCAGGAUGUGGUCAACCAAACCAGGAACCUUGGACAAGAGACUCUGGCUGAGAGCACAUGGCAGUGCCCUCCUUGUGAUGAAGACUGGGAUAAAGAUUUGUGGGAACAGACCAGCACCCCAUUUGUUUGGGGCACAGCCAACUUCUGUGGCAACAACAGUCCUGCAAACAACAUAGUUAUGGAACAUAAGAGUAACCUGGCUUCGGGCAUGCGAGUUCCCAAGUCUCUGCCCUAUGUUCUGCCAUGGAAAAAUAAUGCCAGACUGUGGAAGACUCUUGCUUUUUCCUGCUACCCAAGGGUUCUUCUUUUUUCUCUUUAUCUAAUUAUAGAACAGUAAACUGUCUGUGACUUUCAAA